AUGGAAUCUCAAGAAGAAUCUAGUUCGAGCCUUCAAAAAAGUAUAUACACUAACGAAACUGAUAGUGAAAAUGAUAGUAAUGAUACGCCUUCAAUUACAAACAUAUUAACUGGACUUAAAAAAAAGAAAAAUAGAAAAAGACUAGAAAAGGCUCAAAUAAGAGUAAUAGAGAGAGAUAGAUUACUUUCACUUAAUUUAAUUAAUACUGAAUCUUAUUUUGAGGAAGAAGAUCCUGGCAAAGUUAAUGAUGGU